AUGUAUACAAAUAAAAAAGUAUCCUUCUUUACACGUAUUCAUAUAUAUUUUGAGGAACGACCUUCCUCCUCCCUCCAGCCCUGCAUUUUCUUUCUACUCAUUUGUCUGUUUGGUUUUACCUCAUCUUUAGUUGACGAAAACGGGGAGCAUCCCAUCGAAAAUAGAUUGAAUGAAAAGGAAAAUAAUGCAAAAAAAGAGAUAAUGUGCGAUACAGAAAAGGGGGUAAAAAAUGAAGCUGCAAAAAAGGCCACAAGCAAAGUAGAUACGGCCGACAUAAGCAAUGUAGUACAGAAAACUGUGAAAGAUGUUAAAAAGGAUGUUAUGCGGGACAUUUUAAGUGCUACAGAAAAGGUUUCGGAACAUUAUGUUGUAAAUGAUAAUGCAAUAGACGGAUGCAACAUGCACGAGUUCUCUCUGAGCACUGAUUUGAAGAAUGAUGAUGUCUGUAAUAAUGAUGGUGUAUGUAGUACUUCUGGUGUGUGUAAUAAUUCUGGUGUGUGUAAUAAUUCUGGUGUGUGUAAUAAUGCUGGUGCGUGUAAUAAUGAUGGUGUAUGUAAUAAUGAUGGUGUAUGUAGUACUUCUGGUGUGUGUAAUAAUUCUGGUGUGUGUAAUAAUGCUGGUGUGUGUAAUAAUGAUGGUGUAUGUAAUAAUGCCGGUGUGUGUAAUAAUGAUGGUGUAUGUAAUAAUGCCGAUGUGUGUAAUAAUGAUGGUGUAUGUAAUAAUGCUGGUGUAUGCAAUAAUGAUGAUGUAUGCAAUAAUAAUAGUGUGCGUAAUAAUGAUGAUGUAUGCAAUAAUAAUAGUGUGCGUAAUAAUGAUGAUGUAUGCCAAAAUGAGGAAUACCUACACCAUGAUCAUCCAUGGCACGAAGAACCAGAUGAAACAAAAAGUUACAUGCAGAACACUAAGGAAAACUCGCUCAUUGACGACACAUAUAAAAAAGAAAAUGAUAGUUAUGACAUUUUAAGGGAAUGCCUUCAGCAUAAUAAAGAAUUACAUAAAAAAAAAAUUGACAUAAAUAAUGCCCUAGAUAAUGGAGAGAAUAAAAAUGACCAUAUUAGUAAUCACUGUUCCGAAAAAUUGGAUGAUAUCCCUAUACCUGGAAAAGAAAAAGAAAAUAGCACCCUGUAUCAUUUCAACCCUGAAAAAUUGGGUUACAUAUAUAACAAUGGUUUGAAGCCUACAGAGGGGUAUGUGCUCAUCUACCCGAAUAUAUCGAAAAUGUCUGUUCCACCAAAAAUUAGAAAAAAAAAGCUAAGAUGUUGUUAG